AUGUAUCUUUUGACGGUUGUUGCUGUUCUCUCCUCGAUGGCUCUAUCGGGCGCCCAGGCUGGUCUGGCACCCUUGGCCGCAGCACCAGGAGCAUUGGCCUAUUCUACCCAUCUGGGAGCUGGACCAUUGUUUGCACCGGGUGCUUAUUCAGCGCCUUUUGGUUACUCUGCACCAUUGUUAGCUAGUCCUGCUCCAUACGCUGUUGCCGCUCCUUUGGCUGCUCCUCUUGCUGCUCCAGUUGCUGCUCCUUUGGCUGCUCCUCUUGCUGCUCCAGUUGCUGCUCCUUUGGCUGCUCCCUUGGCUGCUCCAGUUGCCGCUCCUUUGGCUGCUCCCUUGGCUGCACCAGUUGCCGCUCCUUUGGCUGCUCCAGUUGCCGCUCCCAUCGCAACUGAAAUUGUUGAUGCCCAUCCCCAAUACAAAUAUGCUUACAAUGUCCAAGACGUUCUGACUGGUGACUCCAAGACACAAGAGGAGACCCGUGAUGGUGAUAUUGUACGUGGUUCAUACUCUUUGAUCGAACCCGAUGGUUCUCGUCGUAUUGUUAGCUACUACGCUGAUCCCAUCAAUGGAUUCAAUGCCGUUGUCCAAAAGGAUGUCCCAGUUGCUGCUGUUGAAGCCGUUGCUCCCGUUGUGGCCAAGACAAUUGCUGCUCCUGUAGCUGCUACACCCUUAGUGGCACCAGCUCCAGUGCUUGCCAAAACUUUAGCCGGCCCCAUUGUUGUCUAAAAAAGAAAAACAAGGAGAGAGAGAUGAUAGAGA